AAGAAAUUUCAUUCCUCCUUUCCACGAAUCCAAAAAUAAUAAAACAGUAUCAUGCUUAAGAAAACCACCAUUCGAAAAGUGUUGUUACAACUAAAAAGAAAAAAGAUCAUUCGGAAUCUACACAGUAACUCAAACAUCGGUGCAGACACAUAAGAAGAGCGGCCAUUUGAGAGGGUAGCACGAAGUCUUCUCGACGUCUAUUUUCGACGAGAACAGGAAGACCAUCCUCUUCCACUGGUGAGUACGCUCGCGCAUGCUCUCGCGGUGGAUCACGAAUAACGCCCUUGUAUUCGUUGUAAAUACGAAUGCCGAAUGCUCGCUACCGAAAAUAAUCACGCGACGACGCUGCUGCGAUUUCGGACCGCUUCUUCCGCGACUCUCUUGACGCCGCCAAACGUAAAAAAUGCAUUCCCACCGAGAACCUUCCAACUACUCCACGUAAGAUCCGCCAAUGUCCCGAUAUCGUUAAUAAAUUAAAUUUAAAAAAAACUAUCUUAAUUAAUCGUAUGUGUUCAGGUGAAUCAGUGGUAAAAAGUGUAAUAAAUGUUAUAAUAAUCAGUGCUGUUCGUAGUUUGCCAUAACAAUGAAGAUAUAAAUUUUUCAUCAUCGAAUUAAUAAUAGAGCUUUGUGCCUAAUGAGAAAGUGAUCGAGAGUCUAUGGAUUGAAGCAUUCUAAAUUUAGAUUAAUUAAACAAAAGGUAUAUCCGAUACAUGUGAAAGCGUUUCAUUGCAACGCCAAAUGGCUGACAAUGUCGAUGAUCCAAAGAUCGAGAAGAAAAUCGGUCGCAACCGCGAACAAAGGGCGGUACCAAGAGCGAGAGACAAAGUGGAGGAGAGACAGUUACCUCUACCUCCACCGGACCCAUGGGCGAGCCCUUGGUGCUCGCAAAGUCCACGGAAUCAAGCGGAAACGACGCGGCCUCGUAGCCUCGACGAAGACGAGGACAUAAUCGAGUACUUGACGGACUUUGGCACACCGCCUCUCGAAAGUCAAACGUCGGAAUGCCCCUCGAGGAAUUCCGCCACCUCCACCAUGGCUAUUUCGAAUCUCUGCUUGGACGACGCGUUCGAGCAUUUGGAUCGACUUUACGCUAUCACCGAGCAAAUUCUUGAACUAAGAAGCCGGAGUUCGAAGUUCUUCAAAAGAGUAAGAAACUUGGAGAAAUUAAAAGUGCUUCGAAACGUCGACCGCAGAUUGGAAAACGCCUUUGCGAGGGAUAAAGAUAACAUGAACGAUGUCUGCGACGAGGACACUGGCUUCGCUGAAUCGCUUUUAGACGCUAUGCUGUCAAAUUGCAGGGAUCCGUCGUUUCAGAGACGGUAUAUUAGGUCUUCGUCGAGACCAACGAGAAGUAAAAUUGACGUCGAGAAACAAACUUCGGUGGAUGAAGUUUCCGGGAGCGCGCCUAAGGUCUCGAAAUGGACUAGAGUUAAAGCUGCUUUCAAGUGGGAAAGGGCUUGUACUAAUGAUUUGGAAGCAAUGGAUACCGUGGCGCCUAUGACGCCGACGAAUAAGUAUCAUAGGAGUUUGGAUGCUGAAACUGGGGAUUCGAAUAGUACCCCUGUUUUUUCCUAUGGAAACGAAGCUUGCGAUGGAGGAACGCCUUUUGGGAGAACCUCGUCUGCCUCCUCGUCGAAUGAAGGAUCUUACGAUUAUUUACAGAAGAAUAUUUCAAAUCAUUUGGGAUGUCAAUCUUUGAAAAUAAAAAAUGAGAAAAAGGUAGAGUGUACGAGUCAGAGAAGUCAAUCCCUUGAUGAAGAGAUCGUCACCACUAAUGCUGAAGAUCAUAGCCUCAUAAAUAUGGGAAAACCAUUGAUUCGUGUAACAUCCGAGAAGAAUUAUACGAUGCAUUCCAUGAACAGAAUGGAUGAAAGGGAUACGGAUUUAUCUUCGAAAAGAUUCACUCCAACCUUAACGAUUACAAUACCUUCGCACGAGGAAGAAAUGAGGAGUUUGUCCUCACCAGAUUCAAGCUCGCCACUUCCCUCCAGUGCACAUACUUCCGGUGGAAAUUCUCCGCAGCAUAGGAAAAUGCAUCGGGAAUUUUCUAUCAACAAAGAUUUUAAACGACAGCAAUCAGCCAACGAAGAAUCCACAGUGCUAACAUCAAAAACUCAGAGGCAAAACUCGAAAUGGAAUAAAGUCAGACGAGCAUUCUUGACGAAUUCAACCCUGAGUGUUCCACCAAAUCUCAUCAGAGUCGUUUCCAGACAAAUGAUCCUUCAAGACGGAUUAGAAGCACCAUUGGCUUAUGGCUAUAGCAACAGUACGGAAGAGCUCCGGAAAAGCCCGUUAAAUGCUCAAGCCGAGACUCGUCGAGAUUACCGAGCUCUUCGAGAGAAACUGGGAGCAGAAUUCCACCGAAAACUAAUCGAAUGGGAGCGUUUAAAAAACACAUCUCCUCGCAUUGCCACGAAAGACUCUCGCGAAGUAUCCUCUAAUUAUUUGAAUCCUCGGGAAGUCUUACCGUCCGAAGAGAGAUUGGCGCCAGAGUUCCGAAAGAAACUUCAGGACUGGAAACGCACGAAAAAGGAACGACGAGGAAGUGCUCCGUUCGAGCAACAAAGGAUCAAUCGUCGUCGUUUGACCGAUUGGCAACUUUGGAGAUCUCCAUCGAAAUCUGAAUACAGAAAUAAAGAAAUGGCAGGGUCACGUGGUAGCUGUGAAGAAAAUGGGGAUGGUAAAUCGCACCUCGGUGAAGAUUUUGUUCGAAAAAUGGAAAUUUGGAAGAGAAUGAACGACGCGAGUAAUCGUGACGCGAAACAAGCCACGCAAUCGAAAUCUAAUAGACUUGGAAUUUCUUCUGGAAUUGACGAAAGCGAGUUUCUAGCUCUGGAAAGGGUUGUCUCUCUCUUUGAUAGUGGUAUUGGAAAAGGACGAAGGGAAAGCGAUGCUCGACGAUUGGACGAAUGCUUCGACGGAGAAGUAAGGCCGUACGAAGGAGCGCAAAACAUAAACGAUACCAAUGAAGUUUUAAUUCGAACAUCUGUAGGAUCAUAUAGAUUCGAAGGUAUUUCGCGAGAAUUCACGAGGAAAUUGUAUGAUUGGGAAAGGUAUCGUGGAAUAUCACCCACGUCCUCAACUUUUCGUCUUCUUGGACCUGCUUACGAUCCAUAUGCUAGGAACACGACUAAUGAAACGUCGACUGUUACACAGCCUACGACAAGUACCUGUCAAAAAUUCAUUAAAAAAAAAAUUCCAACAUAUUUAUUAAAAUUAAAAUUAUUUUUAGAAGCUGGAAACGAUGAACCAUCGCUAUUCAAAGUCAAUGCUCUAAAAAGAUCGAAAUCUGCUGGUAGCGUGAUAGAAGAAACUGUACAGGAUGAAUUUUUCAUACGUCGUUCGACCAGUUUACAGACAUUUGGUCAUGCUGGAAGUAGAUCGAAGGAUAAUAAAUGUAUUGAUAAUUUACCAGCAUCUAUCGAUUCGCGAAGAAGAACGGAAGAUAUAACCGAGGACAUCGUUAUGGACGAUUCUGAACCGGAAGCAAUGAUCGUCGACAUAGAGGACGUCAUAGAGGAAACUGCGAGUCCUUUGGAAAGGGUUCAACCCCAUCAGACUCCUGUAUAUUCCGUUGCAGCGAGUGAAACGACUAGCAUCGCUGUACCACUUGGGACAGUUACUUCUAGUCACGAACCAUCUCCGAUGUUUUUAAUUGAAAUUGAGGAAAAUGAAGAUCGAAAGCAUUGGGAGUCGAAAAAGUGGAGUCGAAGGAAGAGUUUCUCGAGUGAAGAUAGUUUGAGUACAGAUCAUUCUGAGUCAACAAAAAUUUGGAAUAGCAAGGAUAAUGUAGAUUCAGAGAGAUCGUCCAUCACAGAAUCAUUGAAUGGAAAGAAGCAUUGUAUAGGGGAUAAUGAUGAAAAGUUUGAUCGAGAUUUAGAUAAAGACUCCAUGAAAUCAGACAGUUCGAUUUAUUCCAUGGAACUGGAUCAAAAAUAUAAAAUUGCGAAGGAGUCAAAAGGAAUGGUUGAAAGGAAUCGCACCAAAUGUGAGAGGGAAGAAAUUUCAAGUGUACCAUUCGAUGGAGAUAAUGGAACUUCAACUGCGAAGAAAUAUGGGCUUGAAGAAGCAGACGAAAACGAGACCGGACACGGAAGGAAUCUCGGAAAUCAUUUUGCUGCGAGCAUAAAAGAGAUGAUGAAAGCAACAACGGAAAAUGCAUUUUCUUCAAAAGUAAGUUUUACCAUAGCGCAAUCACAAUUAGCGACCUGUCGGUACAACCAGGACUUAUCGAGCGACAAGAAGCACCAGCAUGACGAUGACGUCCGUGGGGCUGAAAAUGACCCAAGCAGCGAUAACGGAAAGGACACAGCCGAGGCUAAGAUGAAAUGCGACAACGAGUAUGAGGAAAUUGAUCUGAGUCCCAUCAACCGUCGUUGCUGUUCCUCAACGGAUGUCCAGCCGAAUUACAACGAAGAGUAUGCGAAUGCUUUAUUGGAAUCAUCGAACAAAUGUAAAUUAGUUUUAGAUGAAGCCAAGUUUCCCCUAUCUGAAAUGGGUCUCCGCCGUAUAAACCGAGACGAUGAACGUUUCAACGAUCACGAAAAAAAUUACGGUGUGAUCAGAGAGGAAAUACACAAUCGUCACAUCUAUCAAGAUCUUUUCAAAAUGAAAUCAAACUUGCAAAACUGCAAAAAUCCAGAUCAGGAAGACCAAAGUAGAACAAAUUGCACGAAAAGAAUUCCACCAGCUGUAACGUCGAAUGAAAUAAGGGAACAGCAGUAUCAUAAUUUCGAAAAUGUCUUCACUUCUGUAGUGUUACGUUCUUCGAACCCUUGCGGUGGUGAAUAUCUAGAACCAACCAUCAGAACAACGCCUUGCACAGUUGCACCCUCUCGCGAAGAGCGUUGUUUCGAAAGGAUAAUCAUAAACGAAGAAACCUUAAAUAAAAUAGUCGUACCAACAGCCAGUACAGGAUGCAUGGAUAAAUCUAAAAGCUCAAAACCAUCUGCAGAAAAUUCUGAAAUUGAAAAUUCUAUAGAAGAUCGUAAUCGAUCGAGCACCGAUCGUGAACUUCCAAUCAGCCAGGAAGGAAGCUCUAAAAAAAGAAUUUCUCCAAGUAGAAACGUUUUCAUCAAAACAAAACGCAUAAUAUUUUCUCCAUUCCGAAAAUUGGAGGAGCAUUCAGCUAGCAGAAAAGAGAGUCUCGAAGAAGAUCAUUUAUUUUCAAUGAAAAGUAAAAGUAAAUCCAGAUCAGCCUCUCCAAAAGUGAACAGACAAGAUGUGUUAUUAAGAAUGUCUCUUUCUUUACCUUGGCCUCUUCGUCCAUCUUCGAAAGAUAGAGAAUUGAAAAUAAAAGAAAGUGAUAAAGAAGAAAAUAUUGAAUGCAAAUCAGUGGAGAGUAAAAGAAAAUCAUCAACCGCGUCUCAAACUAAAAUUUUAAAAGAGAAGAAUUCAUCUAUUGAAAUAACAGAGAAAAAUUAUGAAUUGAAAGAAUCUGUUGAAAAAAAGAAUCAAAGAGUAAGUGCAUUAGUGCAAGCAACGCCUGAUCAAGAAACCAUUUCUGCUAUUAGUUCUUCCAGUUUAAAAAGCGAAGGUUCUUCGAAAUUCGAUCCACAGUCUUCGGAUCUUAUUCACAAAUUAAACAUUUUAUCUAAUGCGGUGGCAAGAAGAGACGGUAGAACGAAUACAAUAUCCGAGGAAUCAUCCAUCGAAUCACACUUUUUGAGGAUACGUCGGGCGAAGGAGGAUUUCCUGUCUCGUCGAGGGGGUCCAUUAUGUCAUUCCGUGAUGGAACCUCGAUCAUUCAAGGAUCAUGAUUUUCUAAAAAAUUCUGUUCAUCGUUACGAGGAUAUUUUGGAGAAACAACCAGAGGAAAAUGAAAAAUUGUUGGACACCAAUGGUAUUUCAAAGGUAGAAGAAGUAUCGAGUAAGUCAAAAGAAGAGGAUAAAAUGGAUUUGUUUAAAAAUAAUUUAUCAGAUAAUUCGGUCGUUUCUAGGCCUGACAGGAUAAAAUCUGCCAGUGUUGGAAUGAUCAAUGUGGAUCCUGAUACCUUUGUACGACUCACAGAGACCAAUCGUGGUUGCGAGUCUCUUCCAAGAUCGAUUGUGAAACAGCAAGAACCUUUAGGGCCAUUUGCAAAGAUUGUUAAUAAACUGAAGUUCACGAAAUUCAUACGUAGUAAAGAUAUAGAGGAGGGGAAUAUGAAUACGAUUUCGAAAUUGUGCAGGCAAAGUUUGCUGAUCGAUGUUCGAAAUGAUGUUGAGAAACCUUGGGAUGGCAAUGAUCAAAAAGGAGUCUCGGCAGAGAAUAUUAAUCAAAUGAGAAAAAAUGAAUAAUUAUGAUUUUUAAAUUGAUACUAAACAUUUGUAAGAAGUAUUAUGAUGAUAGACAUUAAAUAAUGUUAUAUACACACUAAUAGAACUCACAUGUAAUAUUAAACAAUUUAAAGGAUUAAGUGUCUAAUGUUUAAAAAGAUUUGUUCGUAUAGAAAUAUAACUAGAUGUUAUUUACAUUGUAAUUGAUCUUGGUAAAUUGUAUUCACUGAAUUAAAUAUUCUAAUAUUUAUCUCAGCACAUUCUAUCAUCAUUUCUGUACUCUUUCGUUUUAAAUAAAAUGAUCUAUAUAUUUUA